UGCCUGUGUCUAUGCCUCGCAAGUCCCGGAACGCUGGCGUCCUGGUUUGUUUGACUAUGUGGGCGGCAGCCACAACAUCUGGCAUUUCGCCGUACUUGGUGGAAUCCUGUUCCACUACUGUGCGAUGCAGGACCUCUUCGCUCAUGCCUUCGUGAGAGCCAAGGGAGAAUGUCCCAACCUGACCGCGUAAGGCGGUUUGUCAAUAUAUUAAUGCAUAUGACCGACUAUGAGUGAAGAUAUAUGAACCAAAAGUAUUGGACUCUUGCUAGGUACGGAUGGCCAGGUCUUCUCCAUGCAGAGAGACUGCACGUUCUCUAUCCUGACCUUUUCUGUCACGUCUUUUCUCUUCUUCUUCUUCUUCUUCUUCUUCUUCCUCUUCUUCCUCUUCUUCUUCAAUUCUUGCAUGGAUGGAGUAUCAUGGAAUUUGCUUUCUUAGACUUUCGUUUGCUGCUUUACAUCCAAUUCUUAUUUUCGGUUCGGCUUGGGGAUAGACUGGUGCAUAGAGCAGCUUUCUUUUCUUCUUUCCACUUCUUCUUAUCCUUUUUCUCCUUUUUCUUUUUUCUUUCUUUCUUUCUUUCAUAUACUUUUUCUUGCUAUUUUGCCAGUACAUACGCAUGGUCGAAAUGUAGCUACUUUGUCUCUCGGAACUUACUUCCUGCAAAUAAUGCACGAUUUUGGAUAUAACAUGGUAGUCUUCCUGGCAUCUAGCGUAGUAUUGACGCAAUGGUCUAUUCUAUUCUCAUGCACUGACGGCCUUUUGCAACUCGCAAGUCCAGCAUGCGCAUCGAACCCAGUUCGUAGUAGCGCCAAUGUAUCCAUAACGGCG